AUGGCGAUGGCGAUCGGGAUGAAAAGCAUCGCGGGCGACGCGCACUUUUUCGAGGAGAGUAUGAAUCUUGAUCGUAUUCGAAAACUUCUCGACAAUAAACUUGGUGUGGCGGGACAUAGCGAAAAACUUGAAGCUAUGAAAGCUCUUCUUGCCAGUAUCUCCAAGGGUGAAGACGUAUCUCCAUUUUUUGCUGAUGUGGUUAAGAAUGUGAUUGUGGCAAGUGUCGAGGUUAAAAAACUCGUUUAUAUGUAUCUAGUACACUAUGCAGAUGCCAAUGCGCAGUGUCGUGAGCUUGCGUUACUUAGUAUCAACAGCUUUCAGAAAGAUCUAGCAGACCCGAAUCAACUUAUUCGAGCUCUAGCAUUACGAGUUAUGACCAGUAUUCGAGUUCGUGAUAUUGUGCAAAUUCAGCUUAUUGCUAUUCGCAAAUGUGCUGCUGAUGAGUCUGCAUAUGUGAGAAAAUGUGCUACGAAUGCUAUCAGUAAAGUGUUUGCAUUGGACCCAGAACAAAAAGACGUCUUAGCUGAAAUUAUUGGUAAUUUACUUAAUGAUCCGAGCACAAUGGUACUAAGUAGUGCUGUACAAGCUCUUAAUGAGGUCUGUCCAGAUCGAUUGGACCUAUUGCACCGUCCAUUUCGGAAAUUAUGUCAUCUAUUGGCGGAUGUAGAUGAGUGGGGACAGACUGUCACACUUCACGUGUUGCUGCGGUACUGUCGACAGGAAUUCCAAGCUCCUGUAAUCGAAAAGAAGGAAUUGGCGCACAAGAAAAAGAAUAAAAAGGGAUUUUAUUCCGAUGAAGGCAGUGCAUCUGAUAACGAAGAGUCAAAUUUAAUGAAAAAGCAGUCGCCAUUUAUGCUGGGUAAAGGAAAUGAACAACCGUCUAUUGGGUCAGUGUUUAGAAGCGAUGCGCUGGUAAGUGGAAUUGGAGAGGAACUAGAUGAAGACCAUCGAUUAUUGUUGCGAUCGUCAAUCCCAUUGCUCAAGUCAAGAAACAGUGGUGUGGUACUCGCUGUCGCAACACUACACUAUUAUUGUGGCACGCAUAGCUUAGCGACUUCCACGCUGAUUGGUAAGUCGCUGGUUCGGAUCAUGCGAAACCAGCGGGAGAUUCAGUACGUUGUGCUGACAGUUAUCUCCUCCAUGGCUAUGACGCGUCCAGACAUGCUUCGACCGUUUUUGCAAGAAUUUUUUGUCCGUGCGACAGACCCGGCGUACGCGCGAAAGCUUAAACUUGAGAUCUUGACUUCGUUAGUUACGCACGAUAAUGUGAGCAUCAUUUUACGCGAAUUUCAAGCCUAUGUGCGGCAUGUAGACAAGUCUUUCGUGACAAUGACGGUCCGUGCACUUGGUCGUGUGGCCAAUGCCAUGCCGUCCGUUGCUGAACGCUGCUUGAAUGGCCUCAUGCGUUUAGUGCGGUCGUCUAACGACCAAGUCGUGGCUGAAAGUGUUGUUGUCAUUCGUCAUUUACUGCAGCAACAGACUAUCAAGAAAGAUCGAAUUGUUGUUGUGCGCUCGUUAGCCGCCAUGAUGGUCACUGGUCAUAUCACGACUUCGUCAGCUCGAGCAUCGAUUGUCUGGAUGCUUGGCGAGUUUAACGACGAAGGUAAUGGAACGACGUGCGCUGUUGAGACUCUCCGCCUCCUUGUCAAAGAUUUUUCCGAAAACUCGACAGCCGUGCGUCUUCAGCUCCUGAAUUUGGCUGUAAAGCUCGGACUUCGGGAACCCCAAUCGCGCACAAUUCAGCUACUACUUCAAUACGUGAUUGAGCUCUGCAAAUUUGAUAUCGACUACGACGUUCGUGACCGUGCUCGUUUGAUACGUGCUGCGCUCUCUGGGGAUGCCAAUAUUGUAAGCCCGCACAAAUUGUUCGCUAGUAAAAAGCCUACGCCAUUGAUUGGGAAUGAUGACGAAAUAAGGACGCGCUUUACGCUUGGUUCGCUUUCAAAUGUGGUACACCACAGAGUCCCUGGAUAUCUUGCGUUGCCUGAGUGGAGAAUGACAAAGCCAGAUCGUUCUCUGCGUGAUGAAUAUACUUCUGCCGUGGAUACGAAUCGAAGCGGCCACUCACGUUCUGGUAGUAAGACGUCGUCGAAAAAAAAUCAAAAAGAUGCUAAGGGCUUUUACAGUGAUGCAAGCUCUUCUGGAUCCGAGGCGUCCGAGUCGGAGUCUGAAUCGGAGUCGGAGUCGGACGCUGGAAGCGCCUCAAACGACAACUCUCAAAGUAGCAGCGAUGAAAGUGAAUCAGACUCUGCCUCGGCUUCGUCUGGUUCAAUCUCAAGUAGUAAUGAUUCGUCGUCUGAAGAAAGCGAAUCCGAGGAAAGUCGAGAAAGAGACGAAAGCUCGUCACGUUCUGCAAAAGGAACGAAGACAAUGUCGUCGCACAAACGCUCGCAAUCGAGUAAGGCUGACCCGCUCGAUCUUUUGGGCUCUAGCGAGAUUGCACCAGCUAACGCCGUAGUUUCAUCGGGAUCAACUGCCAAUUUAUUGAACGAUUUAAUGAGUCUCAGCGUUUCGUCCUCAACAACACCACCACCACGUCAAGAACUCUUGUCGUCGGUAGCUGGCAAUGGAUUAAAUAUUCACUACGCGUUCCUUCGUCAGCCAUCAACACUUUCACCUGGUAUGAAUGUCAUUCAGUUGUGGCUAGCUAAUUUUUCCGAAGUGCCGAUUGCAAAUAUCUACGUUGUUAGCAAAAAGACUCCCCAACAAGUUGUUUCGUUUCCAGAGCUGCCAAUUUUGUUCCCUGGUGGGGCAACUACUAUGGUCCAACUUCAUGUGGAUUUUUUUGGUCGUUUGGACACCAUUUCGCUUGAAAUCAUUACAAGUACCGACAAGUACGACGUGGAUCUCUGUCCAUUACCUGGAGAGCUUUUGCUUCCUUUGCACUUAAGCCUCGAUGAAUUUAAUCGGCGUAUCUCGAUGACUGAUUCGUCGUUUCUUCACACUAGUGAAAUGACGCUUCAAGCUCCCGUGCAGAUCAAUGAGGUUGUGCAGGCGAUUCAGAAAGAGUGUAACCUUGCGCAGAUUUACGAAAUUUAUAACAUGAAUGGCGUGGUAGGCAAGUGCAAGUUUGCAGGUCAUCUUCGAAGUGGAAGUUAUAGUACUGAAGUUGUUCUGAUUGGAUUGGAAGUGCAGCUUCACAAUGGUAAAGGACAAUUGCUUGUUCUUGUGCAUGAUUCUGUAUUUGCUCAACAACUUAGUGCUGCUAUUAAGUCAGCAUUAAUUCUUCAAGUCGCAGACUCGCUUACUAACUUAGUGGCUACUGUAGUGCUCGCCAUUGUCUCUAUCCUAUUUGUCUCGGACGUCUCGACAGUUUACAAGCACCACGCGUCGGAUGAGGUGCUGAGCGAUGGCAUGCGCAUUCGUCUACUUACAGCUCAGCGGGAUAUGUAUAUUACAGGAUUCUGUCUCUUUUUAUUUCUACUGCUGCGUCUUGUGUACACAACUUUGGUCACGAAUCUUCACAUGGAGAAAAAUCUGAUUGCAAUGAAGAAGCAAGCGGAAGGUGCUGCUGCAGGUUACAAGUCGCUUUUAGCCGAAAAUGAAUCAUUUAAAAAGCAAAUGGAUAAAUUGCACGAUCUUUUGGGAAAUGAGGAAGGCGACGACAAAAAGAAAAAGGUCGAUGCACUCACCAGAUUAGUACAGGAGAAUGCAGACCUCGAAGAUAAGGUAAAAAUGGCGAUUGAAAAGCUUCAGAAAGCGGAAAAUCAAGUCGUUUUCGUGACAAAGCAAGCAGAAAGUCAGAGUUCAGCGUUUAUGAAGCUUAUGGAUGAGAAGAAUGAGUCUGACAAACAGCUUGAGGCGGCGAAGACCCAUGAAGACGAGAUCAAACGCCAACGUAAGCAGAUUGAUAAGCUUACAGAAGAACGUGAUGCUUUGAGGACUCAAAUUCAAGAUUAUGACUUUAUGUUUGCUGAGGCGAAGAAGAAAGCGGAGUAA